AUGUUUCGUGUGUGGGAAUUUGGGAGAAUCACUUCUCGGAUAGUGCGAGGACGAUCCUCGGUCAUAGUACGAUAUGCCCAUAGAAAUUCAGUAAAUAAAGCAGAUGUUAUCGAAGCACUCUUUCCCAGAAUCAUAAAUACCAGACAACAGAAUCGAGUACCAGAAUAUUCAAAUUCAACAUUCAUAGACUUUGAUGAACUCUUUGAAGACAAAACAAGUAAAGUAACAGAUCCAUAUCUCGUGAUAGAGCAGAAUCCGUAUUUUAAGCCUACACCCAAGGGCGAUUUUAUUCAAGAUAUCCAUCUAGGACAGGCUUUUCUCAUAUACUUUCUGGCUCAACAACAAUUGCUAUCCAAGGAUAAGAAUUACAACUUGACAAAUAUAGUAACUUCCCUUAAGAAAAAUCAUGACCUUAAAGAUGAAGAUCUAACCUUCCAAUUUAUAGGAAAGUUAAUAAGCUCGAAGUCAAGGAAAGAACUUAUCCAAGCUAUGGAACCAUUCAUAUCCACUCAAGACGGAGAUCUCAUCGAAAUUUUGAACAGUCUUACACCUGCUGUUGAUUCCAACACUAUAGACGACAGUUACAUUUUUGGAAACGGUCAAUUAGACUAUGAGCUAUAUAAUAAAAGUUUCAACCAAAGACUGUUUGAAUUGCCCAAAUUCGACAAGCAUUUCAAAUUCAAUCCAAUGUUACUCACCAAUGAAGAUAGACUCUUCGAAUUCCAUGAUAUCGUAUUUGGUGAACCUUGCCUCAAUUCUCCAGAAAUUUCGGGAAUACUCGCGAAUCUUCGAACGUUUGGAAAGGCUGCUUUCGAAUUCAAUUCAUUUCUUAUGAGCUAUUCCAUACCUGAAUUUUCCGAAAGAACAUUUCAGGAUAUCUUAAUUGAAUCUCUUUUCAAUAGGAUAGUGACCUCCACUGGUCCAUCUGUUUUAUUGAAGAAAGCAAUCAUCAGCGAUAGUCAAUUUUGUCAAGAUGUCGUAUUUCAGUAUCUUGGUGUCUUGAUUUAUAAGAAUGGAAAAUUCCCUGUAGAAUGGUUGCAUAACUUAAGAACCAUUACUUUACAAGAUAAUUUUGAAACAAGAAAACGAUAUUUCAAGCUUCCAAAAGUCGACAUGGCAUUUUUACCAACCAAAAAGUUCCCUCGAUUGCCUUUGGUUGUCAAUGCUGAAGAUAUCAAAGCUAGUCAAAAUGACUUUGAAAAUAUGGGUCAGGACUAUUUAUGCAUGCUAAUUACACGUGGAAUUUUGAUUAACAACAGUUCCGUUGUUCCACAAACUUACAUUCAACGGAUUUCAAACUUUAUAAAUGACUCUAAUCCAAACGUUGACUGUAAUGGAAUGUCAGUGUUCGGAUAUAUGGUAUAUCAGGAUACCAAAAGAGCAGAACUUUUCAUUGGAAAAUUCUUUCAUAAUCCUAAGUUUGAAAUGAGUGAAGAAGUACAGCACUAUUGUAAGACGUUAGCUUUUAAAACAGGUAUUCCUUUACCUGUAAUCAGAAAUAAUGAUGUCGGUAAAGUACACAUUUACAGUUCAGUUAAGGUCUCGUGUCCCCCCAUAAACAGCUCGGUUCUUAACAGGUUCUUGUCCAUGCCUGGUUGCGUUAUUCAACCAUCAAAGAAGUCUCUGGAUGGUCCAAUUAGAUGGGAACAUCACCCUGAAAUUAAGGAAGUCUUGCAUCAACAUGAUGUGUUUGGUGAACUCAGCUAUAAAUGGUUGAUCAAUUAUUUCUUGUAUAAGCACAAGAUCGAUAACAGAAAAAAGUUCAAGCAUCUUGACUAUUCGGACUUGUAUCAAAAGAUUGUGAUGUUGCUUUGGUCUCCCGAAUUUAAGAGGUUUGUAAUUGAGGAUUCAAAUUUUUACUACAAUCAAAUGCUUUUCGGUACUGGCCGUGUCGUAUCGCUGUUGAUUACAAAGAGAGCACACAAAAGUCUUCCCCAUUCUAUGUUUAAUCAGUAUGUGGCCAAUCUCUCUGAAGAGGCCAGAAAAGUAUGGGUUAAGGGUUUGGUGUCCUCUUUCCUCGAUAUUAUUCAAAAUUUGGACGAAGACACCUUACGUCACCUUUUCAAAGAGAUUCGAUUCUAUUUGAGAAAGCAAGAAUUUUCAUUGUUUGAGCUCAACAAGGAGAGAGCUGUGCAGAAAGUCUCUGAAUGGAAAGAGGUUAGACUGCUUAAGAGAUACAUUACUAGUGAGGUUUCUAAAUGCAAACUUGAAGGCUAUAGCGACAUUUACUUGGCUCAGGCAGGCAAAUUUUAUUUAGAAACCAUUAUUCUGAAAUUCAACAUGAAUUCCAGAUUGGAGGUGUUUUCAAAUUUGAACAACGAAGCAAUGGAUAUUACCAUUUCCUUGUUUGGUGGCAACUUCACAACUGAUCUUGGCAAGCUCUUAAUUAACGGGCAUCGUUUGGAUCGGAUGGUUGUGGAUGUUCUUUUCUGUAUAAGCUCAAAGUUGCCGCAUGGACCAUUUAAAGUUGAAAGUAUUCGUGAAUUGAACUUCAAGGAGAACACUUCAAUUCAGCCAAAUCGGAAGGUGAAGCUAGCCUCGCUUGAUGUGUCUACACUUGUGCUUCCUAAAUUAGAGAGAACGAACAAUUUCAAUAAGCUAAUGAGUAUUAACUUUGCCUAUUCCAGAGCAUUUCUUGACGGGUUAAAAUGCAACGACCCAGAGUUAUCAGAAUUGAUUUCAAAGGCUAGUACUGUAGCACAAGCAUAUUUCAAAACCAGAGUUGCAAAGAAGUUGGCAGUUACAAAUUUGCCAGCAGAAAUUCUAGACUACUUGGAAAAUGAUAUUCUUGAAGAUAAAAAGCUCAUGAUGGUCAUUAAUGAUGUAUCUAAUUUUGUUUUACACCCAUUUGAAGAUGAACUACACCAACAAUUCAGCACGAUGCUCUACAACCAACUGAUAACAAACAUCACACUAGAGAUGCGGUUCCACAAACAGCAGUUCUACCAGUACUUGGCGUCUUUGUAUUAUACGGAACGUCUGUCCCUUGAUUCAUGGGUUGAUACCUUUAUUGACUCCAUAAUACAGAGAUUAGAAAGUGCGACAAACAUUCGAAAACAAGAAUCUGUUCUUGAAAACAUAAAGACUGAGCUUGCACUUUACCAGUCUGUAAAUGAACUUGGCAAAACUGCCACAUGA